AUGUCGAUGUGGGUCCAGGCACAGCAGCUGCAGGCGGAGGCAUUGCACCAGAUGCAGGCGCUAUACGGCCAGCACUUCCCCAUCGCAGUGCGACAUUACCUGGCCCAAUGGAUUGAGAGUCAGCUCUGGGACUCUGUGGAUUUGGACAAUCCAGCAGAUGAAGUCAAAGCCAAGCGUCUGCUGGAAAACCUGGUGGGUGAGCUACAGAGAAAAGCUCAGCAUCAAGUUGGAGAGGAUGGCUUUCUGCUUAAGAUCAAAUUGGGUCAUUACGCCAACCAGCUGAAGAGCAUUUACGACCGCUGUCCUUUGGAGCUGGUGCGCUGCAUCAAACACAUCCUCCAUUCAGAGGAGAGACUGGUUCACGAGACGACAAAUGCUAGUUGUGGGAGCGGGGUGCAUGUCAUGGACAGCUUGUCUCAGCGCCACCAGCAGAUCAACCAGACCUUUGAAGAGCUUCGACUGGCCACCCAGGAAACUGAAAAUGAACUACGAAAGCUACAACACAGUCAGGAGUACUUCAUCAUCCAGUACCAGGAGAAUCUGCGUAUUCAGGGUUCGGACACAAGAGCACAUCAUGUACUCACUUACGCAGCAGCUAGUUUUUACAUACACUAUACCUGAAAAAGUACCCACCCCUUUGUGUUAUUACAUCCUUUAUUAUCCUUGCUGUGGAGAGGGAACAGGGAAUUUUGGAAAGGGUACCAUUGGGACAUCUGUCCAUGUGAUUUGUUCUUAGUGGCACCUG